AUGGAAGAGGAAUCGAUUUACAACCUAAUCCCAAAGGAGUAUGUGCCUCCUCCGAAGCCAAAGCGAUAUAAGUCCAAGUUUCCACCCGAAGCUCCACCAACAUCAAGCACAUUUGGGUAAUUUCCACGCAGCCUCAAAACAACGUCCAAAGUCCUCGGAAAUGUCGCAGGAGAUUACGAGCAUUUCGAUGGCCCGCAUCGUAGCAAAAGCCUAUCUGCAAGUUUUGGUAAAGCUAAAGGAACAGUCAAGCCAGACCCUCAAAGUUUCCGUAAAAAAGGAACUGGAACCAUGAAGCUUCCAGAAAUCACUAACAAGUUCUCAUAUACAGCAAGAGAUAAAAAGCCACCAAUUCCUAAAAAAGACGAAAAGCCAAUCCUAGGCUUAAAAACAGAUAAAAAUUUCAUCGUCGCCAAUGCAGUCGAAGUCAUCUUAAAAGCCCCAAAAACAAUGCCUGAGCCUACAAACCCUCUUAAAAAGAAAGAAUAUGGAACAGUGCCUGAAUAUUUGCAUAAGAUCAAAGGAGAUAUUGAAGAAGAAUACAGCACUUUAAGACAGUUAAAGAGAGAGCAAGAAGAAGAGCAGGAAAAACAAAGAUAUUUGAUUUAUCAAUUGGAUAAAUAAAAUGGCAUUCGGAUAGAGAGAACUAGCUUUGAUAAUUUUCUUAUGGGGAUUGGUUUUUCCAUGGAGAAAUUCUGCACAGCACAGCGGUUUUACUUUAGUCGCAUAGGGCUAGAGGAACUGCUUCUCUGCGCAUUCAAGAGGCUUAGGGUUUUUCCACUCAGCAUAUACGGGAGGGUGACCCUCAGGUAGAAUUCUUCAGGAGAAGAGUCAGGCAAGAGCAACGGCCACAUGCCAGGUUCGAAGACGACUCGACGAAUUACGAACGCGAAGAAAUGUCUGCCCAUAAGUGCGCCAUUUUAAGUGACAGAAUGGCCAGGAACGUUACCGUCAGGUUUAUUCCCUUUAUUGUAGGCACUGAACACCUAAACACCUAAUCUAAUCGUAAUCGAUUUUCCCAAGAAGAAGUUAAAGAGCUGAGAGAAGGCUUGAAGAAGAAAUGGGAAGCUGUGAAUAAAGAAUAUCAAAUGAUAAACCCAUAUUAGGAUAAAUAAAAUGGCAUUCGGUUCGAGAGAAAAUUAGCUCUGCUAAUUUUCUCUUCCUCAUGGAAUUUUAUUUAUGGGGUUGGGGUUUUCUCUCGAAAACUUCUGCACAGCAAUAGCUGUCUAACUUUGGGGAUAACCAAAGGAACAACUCCUCAGUGCGUUCAAGAUUUCGGAGUUUUACCCCUCAGCACAUCCCCAUGGGAGGAUGAUCCUUAGGCGGAGCACGCGCAGAAGCUGAGUUGAGACAGAGCGACAGCAACGCGCCGGGUGAGAUGUGCGGAGGCUGGAGGCGAAACGUCGAUGGAAGGCUUGACCGGCUGGGCUGGCCACCGCGAUUCCAAGAUGGCUCCUGACGUCACCAGUUUAGCUAAAAGGUCCAUUUUUUGGGUCUGCGGCACUAGACACCUUAAAUACCGAAUAAUUAAGUUAAGUUAAGUUAAGAUAACCCAUAUUAGAAAACCAGAUACACAAGGACUGAAGAGGAAGAAAGAAAAUUGUGAAAAAGAAUUAGCACAAUUGGAAAAAGAUAUAGCCGCACUUGACAGAGCUUAUGUGUUUGUGGACAGCACUGCAUAA